GAUGAUGCCACUGUUGUGACAAACACGUUUGCUUCCUGCCAGGUUCUUCGUGGUGGGCUGCCCAGUUUUGCGACAGUACUGAUUGUCCUCAUGCCAAUGAAGGAGUGCUUGGGCCUAAACAUAUCAAUACAGUUUGUGUCCAAGUGAGAACAUUAAAACUAUGUUGCCCGUAAAGUCAUGGUGUCUUCUAGUCCUUUGUGUUCUGGUUCCCUCUUAUGCUCAUACGGAUUUCUUCACUUCAAUUGGUCACAUGACGGACUUGAUUCAUACUGAAAAAGAUCUGGUGACAUCACUGAAAGACUAUAUCAAGGCAGAAGAGAGCAAGCUGGAACAGGUUAAGAAGUGGGCAGAAAGGUUGGACAAGCUGACAGAUACUGCAACGAAAGACCCAGAGGGAUUCUUGGGACAUCCUGUGAAUGCAUUCAAGUUAAUGAAGCGACUCAACACAGAGUGGAGUGAGCUGGAGAAUCUGAUCUUAAAAGAUAUGUCCGAUGGUUUUAUUUCCAACAUGACUAUUCAACGCCAAUAUUUCCCUAAUGAUGAAGAUCAGACUGGCGCUGCCAAAGCUCUCUUGCGACUUCAAGAUACAUAUAAGUUAGAUACAGACACUCUCUCAAGGGGAAAUCUUCCAGGAGUAAAACAUAAGACAUUUCUAACAGCUGAUGAUUGCUUUGAACUGGGCAAGAUUGCAUACACUGAAGCGGACUACUACCACACUGAACUGUGGAUGGAGCAAGCUUUGAAACAGCUGGAUGAUGGAGAGGUUUCAUCUUCUAUUGACAAGGUUUCGGUUCUAGAUUACCUGAGUUACGCCGUAUACCAGCAGGGAGACCUGGACAAAGCAUUGAUUCUUACCAAGCGACUGCUUGAACUGGAACCAGAGCACCAGAGAGCAAAUGGCAAUUUGAAAUACUUUGAAUAUAUCAUGUCUAAAGAAAAAGAAAAGGAAGCAAACAAGACUGCUACUCAGAAAGAAGUGCAGCCUGAAAAGGGAACUAAAACUCAGAAAAAGGGACCUCCCAAGGAUUAUCUUCCAGAAAGACAGAAGUAUGAAAUGCUGUGCCGUGGUGAGGGUCUCAAAAUGACACCUAGAAGACAGAAGAAACUUUUUUGCCGCUAUUAUGAUGGGAACAGGAAUCCAAAGUACAUACUGGGACCUGUCAAACAGGAGGAUGAGUGGGAUCGUCCUCGGAUUGUUCGCUUCCUGGAAAUAAUUUCUGAUGAAGAAAUAGAAACUGUCAAGGAGCUUGCAAAACCAAGGCUGAGGCGAGCCACCAUUUCAAACCCCAUAACAGGAGUCUUGGAGACUGCACAUUACAGAAUUAGCAAAAGUGCCUGGCUGUCUGGAUAUGAAAGCCCUGUCGUGUCGCGUAUUAAUACAAGGAUACAGGACCUAACGGGACUGGAUGUUUCCACAGCAGAGGAGCUCCAGGUAGCAAAUUAUGGAGUGGGAGGACAAUAUGAGCCCCACUAUGACUUUGCUCGGAAAGAUGAGCCAGAUGCCUUUAAAGAACUUGGAACAGGCAACCGAAUCGCUACAUGGCUAUUCUAUAUGAGUGAUGUGGCCGCAGGAGGAGCAACAGUAUUUCCUGAAGUAGGAGCUAGUGUUUGGCCUAGAAAGGGGACAGCUGUGUUUUGGUACAAUCUUUUUCCAAGCGGUGAAGGAGACUACAGCACAAGGCAUGCUGCCUGCCCAGUACUAGUUGGAAACAAAUGGGGUAGGUAUGAAAUCUGAGAUGACCCAGUCAUCUUAGUUCUCGCACU